GAGCAGAUGGCGAGCUGGUUACGCUGGUCAGCAGAUCUGACCCCCCAGGAAGCUGUAAAGCGUGACCGGUCUAUUGCUCAACCUUUGAACUUCAAAGACGAGAAGCUUUCUCCUGAACAAAGAGUCCAUGGGCAGAACUUUAAGGUUUCUAGUAAUCAGACUAACCUGGACUCUAUCUUUGUGGUGUGUAAAUGCACAAACGCAGCUACCAUCCCUUGUUGAACCAGCCAAAAUUCAAUUUCUGAACUAUGUUUGUGAUUCAGUCACUGUGGGCUUUUGGUCUGUCACAGAUGAUCUGAUGCUGUUACUCUUAACUCUGUUCCAGCUGCUUGAGGAGAAUAUUUUGAGUUUUGUGAAGAAAGAGCUGAAGGAGAGCCAAAGAGUUCUGAGUCGUGAGUACUCUGAAUGCUUAAAGGAGGAUGAAGAUGUGUUGGAAGGUAAAGAGGAGUCGCACAGGAGGAGCAGCAGAGAGGCUUUUCUGAAGAUCACUCUGCACUUCCUGAGGAGAAUGAAGCAGGAGGAGCUGACUGACUGUCUGCAGAGCAGAGCUGUUGCUUCAGAGUGCAGAUGUAAACUGAAGUCUAAUCUAAAGGAGAAGUUCCAGUGUGUGUUUGAGGGGAUUGCUAAAGCAGGAAACCCAACCCUUCUGAAGCAGAUCUACACAGAGCUCUACAUCACAGAGGGAGGGACUGGAGGGGUCAAUGAUGAACACGAGGUCAGACAGAUUGAAACAGCAUCCAGGAAACCAGACAGACCAGGAACAAUCAUCAGACAAGAAGACAUCUUUAAAGCCUCACCUGGAAGAGAUGAACCAAUCAGAACAGUGAUGACAAAGGGAGUGGCUGGCAUCGGGAAAACAGUCUUAACACAGAAGUUCACUCUGGACUGGGCUGAAGACAAAGCCAACCAGGACAUACAGUUCACAUUUCCAUUCACUUUCAGAGAGUUGAAUUUGCUGAAAGAGAAAAAAUUCAGCUUGGUGGAACUUGUUCAUCACUUCUUUUCUGAAACCAAAGAAGCAGGAAUCUGCAGGUUUGAAGAGUUCCAGGUUGUGUUCAUCUUUGACGGUCUGGAUAAGUGUCGACUUCCUCUGGACUUUAAAAACAACGAGACCCUGACUGAUGUCACAGAGUCCACCUCAGUGGAUGUGCUGCUGACUAACCUCAUCAGAAGGAAACUGCUUCCCUCUGCUCGCCUCUGGAUAACCACACGACCUGCAGCAGCCAAUCAGAUUCCUCCUGAGUGUGUUGACAUGGUGACAGAGGUCAGAGGGUUCACUGACCCACAGAAGGAAGAGUACUUCAGGAAGAGGUUCAGAGAUGAGGAGCAGGCCAACACAAUCAUCUCCCACAUCAAGACAUCCAGAAGCCUCCACAUCAUGUGCCACAUCCCAGUCUUCUGCUGGAUCACUGCUACAGUUCUGGAGGAUGUGCUGAAGACCAGAGAGGACGGAGAGCUGCCCAAGACCCUGACUGAGAUGUACAUCCACUUCCUGGUGGUUCAGUCCAAACUGAAGAACAUCAAGUAUGAUGGAGGAGCUGAGACAGAUCCACACUGGAAUAAAAAGAGCAGGAAGAUGAUUGAGUCUCUGGGAAAACUGGCUUUUGAGCAGCUGCAGAAAGGAAACCUGAUCUUCUAUGACUCAGACCUGACAGAGUGUGGCAUCGAUAUCAGAGCAGCCUCAGUGUACUCAGGAGUGUUCACACAGAUCUUUAAAGAGGAGAGAGGACUGUACCAGGACAAGGUGUUCUGCUUCAUCCAUCUGAGUGUUCAGGAGUUUCUGGCUGCUCUUCAUGUCCAUCUGACCUUCAUCAACUCUGGAGUCAAUCUGAUGUCAGAAGAAAAAACAACAACACCUCUGAUGGUGGACCAUGGUGGAGAGCAGAGGUUAAAACCUGGUGUGAAGAAGUGUAAGUGUGGAAUCAGUUUGACUCAUGAUGACCAAACAGCUGACUGUCAGGUGACAAAGAAUGAAGCCUUCAGAUUGCUGUGA